CAAUGUGUUUGUUUUUCAGAAAUUUCUCAAACUUUAUAUUUCAGCGUUCUUCUCAUCGGUGAGUUUGUGUUUGUGGUUUUAUGUUUGUUUUAUAAUCUCAUGAGAUUUGACUCAAACUCUUUCUUUCAUAGCUCUCUGUUCAUUAUCUGAAUGCAUUCAGCGCCGCUAUCACCACAUAAACAUGAAGAUGACCUGGACUGAAGCUCAGAAAUACUGCAGAGAAAACUACACAGAUCUGGCCACAGUCAACAACAUCAACAACAUGAACGAUAUGAAUCAACUGAUGAAGAUUGUGGAUAGCAGUCUGAAUUAUGAUGUCUGGAUUGGACUGAAGAGAUCAAGUGUUUAUAAAUGGAAGUGGUCUCUGGGUGAUCCAGUGAAAUAUACAAACUGGUAUAAUGGAGACUCAAAUGGUCCAGGUCAUUGUGUUUAUAUGAAAGAUGGAUCAUGGCAUCAUCAGGACUGUAAAGUGAACAUGAGAUUCAUCUGCUACAAUGAGAGCAGUAAAGGAUUCAUCAUUAAUGAUUCUUCAGUAUCAUGGAGAGACGCUCAGAUCUUCUGCAGACAGCAUCAUACUGAUCUGAUCAGUGUGAGGAAUCAGAUUGAGAAUGAACAGAUUCAGAAGAUCAUGAAUGACAAAAACAUAUCUGAAGUCUGGAUUGGUCUGUUCAGUGACUCAUGGGAGUGGUCAGAUGAGAUUGAAUCUGGAUUCAGAUACUGGAGGUCUGAUCAACCUGAUAAUCGUGGUGGUUCUGAAGAUUGUACAGCAGCCAGAAUGACAGAUCAGAGUCAAUGGCAUGAUGUGGGUUGCAGUGAAUCUCAUUCAUUUGUGUGUCAUGAAGAUAAUCUGAUAUUGAUCCAGAUGAAUCUCAGCUGGUCUGAAGCUCUGAGAUACUGCAGAGAGAAUCAUGUGGAUCUGGUUUCAGUUGAUUCAGAGGAGAUUCAGUUCAUGGUGACUAAAGUGAUUCAUCAGUCCUCUACUGACGCUGUGUGGAUGGGGUUACACUAUUACUGUCAAAUGAACCUCUGGAUCUGGAUACGAGGAGAGGUCGUGUGCUAUCAGAAUUGGGCUCCAGGGAACGAAACAAAACUGAUGGACUGCAACACUGAACACAGAGCUGGAGCAGUUCAGUCUGGAGGAGAUCAUCUCUGGAUCAGCCUUCCUCAAUCUCACAAACUCAACUUCAUCUGCAGCAGAUAUUAAGAUGAAUGAAAUAAUUUAUGUGUUUUGCAUUUUGUUUUGUUCUUGUUCUUAAGCAUUAGGGUCCAUUUAUAAACAUAUUACAGAUUAAAUACAACAUUAUGUCUUUCAGUAUUUCAGAAUCAUUUUAUAUAUACUAAACAUGUUAUUAUAAAUGUUUUUUUUCUAUUUUAAUCUGCUGACACAAUAUAUUUUUUGAUGUUUCUUAAAUAACUGUUGAAUUAUAUGAAAUGAAUGUUGUAGGAUUUAAAUUGUACGAAAUUAUUAGUCUGUCGCAUCCCCCUUUCCGUCCGGUACCAUCUGCAUUCCUGUGCCUACUGUAGUGAUAAAAGACUAUUGGGAGAGCAGUUUAUCUAAUACAGUGGGUGUUAAAUGUUGUCUUCUGAUUGAUCAGUUUGAAUGUAUCAUGUUGGGUUUUGUCACAUGGUCAAGGAAAGGGGGAUAAAGUUCUAUGUUGGGGGGGUCUUUGCUUUCUUCUUUUUCUUGCGCUAAUCCAUCUUUGGGCUGGUCUCCAUGAGCUCUGUUCAUUCUUUAUGCUUUUCUUUUUUACCUGAGCUCUGGAGUUUAGGCCAUCUGGCCAAGAUGGGGACUCAAUGGUGACUUUCUUUCUUCCUCUAUUCUCUAUACUAUCAGAUAAUAUUUCAUAUACAUUGGAAAGUAAUUGCACA